AUGUCUUCCGAAGACACCGGUCGCCCAGGCGAAGACAGGUCUGAAGGGGUCUCCAAGUACUUCAGACGCAUGAAGAGUGUCUUACGCCCUCGAUCAGCUCCAAGAGAUCAAUCUUUAGACACACCUAAUGUCGCGGAAACGGCCCAGUCAAUCGCAUCAGCACCAGCACCAGAACAAGUGCAACAGCCCACUAUACCAGAGCAACCAAUUAUCCCUGAUUACAAAGCCAUGCAGCGCGAAAAGGCGCAAGCCCUCUUCUCCAAGUACAAUCUAAGCUUCGAACUCACCGGAGAGAGAUCACCCACCGAUCACCAAUUUGCGCGAGUAGCCAAGCCGAUUCGCAUGCGAGUACGCCGCGCCUGUCAUCGCUGCGAAACAGUUUUCGGUCCCGACAAAGUCUGCGUCAAUUGCCAGCACCUCCGAUGCAAGAAAUGUCCCCGAUUCCCACCAGCUCAAGCCCAAGAUGAAGAGCCAUCAAUUUCCAAAAUCAGACUCCACGAACUUCGCGCAAAGCAGCAAGGCAUGCUUCACCUCACGCCGCAUCUCAAGCUUAGCGGCAACCCAGCCUCUCCAUUAUCAAGAACUUCCAACAUGGGAGGACCGGACUUUGUAAACAAACCUAUUCGCCAGCGAGUCCGACGAGACUGCCAUCUAUGUGGAAUUAUGUUUGCCAGAGGCUCAAAGCAAUGCGCCAGUUGUCGCCAUAAUCGUUGCAAGAGCUGUCCACGACAACCUGCCAAACUUGAUAAAUACCCAGAUGGGUAUCCUGGUGAUGUCGAGCCCCCAAAACUUGCACCAGAUCGAACGUUUAAGAAGCCCCGUCGACGGGUUCAUUAUAUCUGUCAUGUCUGCACUACUUCUUAUCAUGAAGAUGCGCGUGUCUGUGUGCAGUGUGGUCAGACGAAAUGCGAUGAGACGAUACGGGUUCCACCCAAGAAGAUCAAACAGGAACCUGAUCCAGGAGUUAUUCGGAGCCUCGAAGAGAAGCUGGCUAAUAUGGUAAUAUCUGCAAACCCAAUUACCUGA